AUGACUACGAAUACCGACAGCGCGGAGUUGGCGCGGCGUCUCGACGGCAAGGUGAUAGUCAUCCCGGACCUGGGCCGGAUGAUGAGCCAUUGGCCGUCCGGCAGAAACGCGCAUGCCUCUGAUAUGGAGCAGCAUAUCGUUGAGCUCCUGAACGGGAUUGCUUCGCCCAAAGACAAGGAAAACGUUAUAGAGGCCAAUCCGGCACUUCUUGCGUCUUGUCUCUGGCCCAAUGCCUCGGCGGACCAACUCAGGACGCUAACACAGAUGGUCCUUUGGCAGGGACGGCUUGAUGACUACAUUGAGGCGCUGGAAUACGAGAACUCAGAGAGGGCAAGGGAGUUCCGCGCUAAAACGAAGGAGUACAUUGCCCAAUAUCUACAGCUUUCUGAGAUUCCUCGCGAAGCGCCUUCAACAAGUGCGAUUUCGGAUUUCCAGCAGGUUGCGCAGGCGAUUUGCAGACAAUAUGACCAAGAUCAGCGGCGAGCUUUGAGGGUCAGCUUGUUCGAAUACAUCGACUCGACUAUUUCGGAGACGAGAUACAUCCAGAGCGGAGAAGUGCCAACCAAUCGAUACUAUGAAGACCUUCGCAAACGGACGGCGGGCACCGGACCACUUUGUGCCCUGGCUGAGUAUGUGAUGCACAUCUCCUGUUGUAAGAUGAGAUAA